CUGUGGAGCAGUGAGGUGUGGCUUUGCUCUGUGCGCCCCCGGCGCUGCGCUCCCAAGAGAAUAAACUGAAAACAGCCAGGGCUGUUGUGCUGCAGUGUCGUCAGCGUCUCCGCUAUAAACUCAAAAAUUAAGCAAAAUAAAGUUUGUGGAACUUUUUAAGAUAUCUGCAAGAGCACCGCAGAGUUCAGCCGCCGACAACCCAGGCGUGUGAUAAGAAGUGUCCUCAUUUGACUAAAUAUAACCUGGAAACUUUCUCACAAGUGUCCCGCUAUGAAGAGGGCACUGCGCUAACGGACCACACUGAAGUUCUGUCUGCAAACAGGUGAAGUUCUGACAUUUUCUGAAGGUAUUUGAGGCCGAGGCAUGCCGGUUCCCCCACCUCCCCCUCCGCCUCCACCAGCAGCCCCGCCACCCCCACCGCCACCCAGUGCUGCCCUGCCACAGUGUCCAUUAGAUCCUCCCAAGGUCCAGUUUAGCGGAGGAGGAGGUGGUGGAAGGAAUGCCCUGCUGGCAGACAUCCAGAAAGGAACCAAGCUCAAGAAAGUCACGCAGGUCAACGACCGCAGUGCCCCCGUCGUCAAUAAUUCCAAGGCUAGCACAGGAGAUUUAUCUGGAAAUGCUGGCGCUUCUCAGGCCUCAUCGGGUGGCAUGGCACCCGUGGGGCCAUCAUUGAGUGGGCUAUUUGCUGGAGGGUUCCCCACUCUCAGGCCUACAGGACAAAGAGACCUAGCAGGCAAAACCAGAGUGUCUCGAUCGAGCUCAUCAGUCUCUCUGAAGCCUCUGUGGAACCCUCCUUCAUCGGCCGACUCCAGCAGCUUCGCUGAACCCGACAGGAAAGCAGAGAUCCAAAACUCCAUCCACCGCCUACUCGCCCCCUCGGCCUCUGCUCCUCCCUCCCCCUCUCACAGCAGCAUGCACCCGCCGCCUUUCCCUCCUUCCACUCCCCUUCCACCUGCCCCUCCCUCUGCUCCUCCCCCACCUCCCCCGCCUCAAGCCUUCCAGGACCGGCCAGGUAACAAGCCUCCCCCUCUCCCCUCCUGCCCUCCACCUCCGCCUCCAUCCCAGACUACCAAGCCCAUGUGGCUCCCCAUCCAGCACUCUCAACACUCAUCUGUCUCCCAGCCCUCUCCUCCUCCUGGUCCUCCUCCUCCACCACCGCCACCAACUGUCCAGCCUCUGUCAGCUGUCCCAGGGGACCAUUCUUCGGGGUACUUCUACUCUCCGCCUUCAUCUGCAGUCUACUCUGAAACUUCAAGGUUCCCUGUUCUUCGGGACAGCCCCCUGGGACCGCCUCCCCCACCUCCGCCUCCCCCUCUGCCACCUUCCAUUACUCCAAGCUGCCCGUCUACCCUACCUCCACCACCACCCAAAGUGGCUCCAGUGCCUUCUUCAGCAAUGCGCUCUCUGCCUCCCUCAUACCCUUGCAACGCUCCCACUCGACGGCCACCAGCUAUACCCAGGAGUGCAGGUGUGGGUCGACUGGCUCCUCCUCCUGCUCCCCCCGCCCGUUCCCCCACCACAGAGUUGUCCACCCGCAUUCCUCCUCCUCCACCUCCUCCCAUGCCCCCAUCCAGUCUCAGGAAUGGACAUCUUCAGAGCUUAGCGGAUGACUUUGAAUCAAAGUUCCAGUUCCACCCUGUAGAAGACUUACCCCCACCCGAUGAAUUCAAGCCUUUCCCACGGAUCUACCCCAGCAAAGAAAACAGUGUAAACCCCAAACCACCAGGGAUCAGGACACACCUUCGAUGAGUCAUGAUCUCAGCACUGUGACACGCAACAAAAAAAGGACAAAUCUCAGUAUACCUUCUCCUUCUUACGAGUCCUCACAGUUAAACUGACAUUACUGCCAUGGACUUGCAUGGAUAGAGGCUUUGUGUGUGUGUGUUGUUGUAUUUGGUGCAUUUGUGUGUGUGCGUGUGUGUGUGGUUGUGCAUUUUCAAAGCAUCAAAACAAGGACCCGUCUUAUUCUGACUAUGUGACCUCUGACCUUUUCAAGUACAGAAUGUUUUGUGUGCGUGAGAGGAGAAGCACUCGCCCUGCUUGUGCUCAUAAGCUCCAUUCAGACUCUACACACACAGGCUAGAAGAACAGGGUCUUCCAUUAAUUAUCGCUAACACGACUCUUGACAUAGUUUGUAAUAUGUUAAGCAUCAUCUCUGUGCACUUGUAGUUGUAAAAUUUGCAUUCAAGCAGGCAGUUUUUGUGACUACAGUAGCUAUGACUACGUUGCUAAAGACAAGCAAACAUACCUCAGUCUCAGCUCUUGCCUUGGUGGCGGCAAUUGGGUAACCAGGUGUACCAUUUUCUUGCCCCUCAUGUAUUAACCAACACUAACACAUGGGAGGACAGCGCCACCUGUUGGUUUGAUCUGUCACCAACAAAUAAACCAAAGCAACUAAAAAGUUUACACAGAUACUUUACUUAAAAAAACAACAACUAAUAAAUGUAUCUGCCUUAAACAGUGGUCCUUUUUUGAGUUAAGCCUCUUGAUCCAUUCAAACAAUCCCAAAGCUGCACAAACAGGGCUGUAAACAUGUGUGUGUCAUCUCAAAAUCCCCAUUAAAACAACAGGUAAAGUU